GUUAUCUUAGCGUUUGUCCGUCUAUUGCCGUUGCAUUUUCCCCGUCAACGUUUAACCGGACCGGUCCACCACCCGUUUGUUUGUUUAUUCGUGUAAUUUACUUUAUCCUUAUAAAAUUCGAGCAAAGGCAUGAUCGAUUUUUCUCGUUUAUGGUAUGUGGUCCAGUUUCUUAAUAUCAUUUUCACAUUAACACUAUAAAUAUUUUUCUGAUUUAACUUUUAUGGUAGACGAAAUUCGAAACGGGAUAAGCUUGGAGAAUGACAAAAAAAAAAAAAAGGGAUAAGCUUGGAGAAAUAGAAGAGAGACAAAAAUUGAAAUAAAGGAUUGAGAAAUGUUUGGGAAUAAUUUUGACAAAAAAAAUGUUUGGGAAUAAAAGAAGAAGAAGUGAUAGUGAUGAUGAUAAGAUUCGAUUUUAAUUAAAAAGAUGGGUCCCGAAAUACAGCUGGUGUGGAGAAGUACAAAUAAUAAUUACUUAGUUUUUAAGACUAUUGGAAAAGUGAUAUUCAUGAAUUUAUAGAGUUUGGGUGGGGGAGGAGAAGACACCAAGUACAAGUUAUAUCCAAUAACAAAAUUGAGGUCUUGGACUGUGGGAAAUGAAAACUUUAAUGACCUAAAAAAGCGACGUGAGUUCUGAAUUUUCAGAUAUUUUAAGCUCACAAAUUAGGUGGUGGACCUAUUAGAGAUUAUAUUUAUAGGGAGUUAGGGACUAUGGCAAUUGAUAAGAGGAAUUAGGCGGUAUAAACACGACGAAAUUAGGCAUUUUAGGCCAUCAAGCAUCUCUAAGGAUUAUUGGUAUCUUAUCCUGAUACCAAGUUCAUUGAUAUACGUUUGGAUUUUGUUGAUUGUUCAAUUCACAACCAAACAGAAAACUGAUGGUAAAAGCAAUAUGAGUUGAAUCUUGUAGCUAGUUCCGGAAGAUGUGGGUCGAAUAAUGGGAUAUUUGACUUGGGAAACAAACACUAGCAUUUUUCAAAUAAGUUUUUACUUUUUCAGCAUUAGGUAAGUCAAAACUUUACUUGCCUAUCGAAUAUUAGCAAAGAAAAUGUGAAACACAUAUGAUGUAAGAUAGAAGUGCUUCGCAGUUGAUCCGAAGUUUUUUAUUCGCAUUCGGAAUUCAACAAACGAUCAAGUUUCAUUGUAUAUCGGAUAUUCGGAUGUAUAUAGAUUGAAGAAUAUGUAGCUCAAAACUACAUUGGUUUCAUGGAUCAAGUCCUUAGAUCAAAUUUCAAACUAUUAAUUAACAGUUGUUUUUUUAGAAGAUUGCAUAAGCUCGUUAAUGCCAUAUUCCAUAUCCGAUUGCAUUAACUGGACCGGAUUGGUCUUGAUUCGAUUAUUCAAAAAAGAUGGCUUCCUGACUUUGUCAUCAUGGAAUCUUAUUAAUUUCAUCGGUCAACUUCGACACUUUUCAACCCACUAGACCUUCUGAUCACAAACAUGGCAACAUCAACUUCAAUAUUUCUGACUUGUUCAACCAUGAAUAUACCUUUACUAAAACCUCUCUUAAUCUUCAAUUAGCUUUGACUAAUAAUCACAAAAACCAUGGAUCACGAUCUCGACAAAUUCCCUUUACUCUCUUAUGUCCUUCACCAACUUGACUCCAAUCUCCACGCGCCGCCGUCUAUGGCUGCGCAAGAAACUCUCCUUCCUUCUUUUCCUCUUCUCUCCGAUCCUCAAGUCAUGUCUUCUUUGACUCAAUCCAUCCCCACAACCAUCACACAGACGCUUUUCGUCUUCAACUCUCUCGGCUCUCGUCCCGAUCCCUUGGCGGUCUCCUCUGCUCGGUCCAAGAUCGCUCAGAUUAUGGAUUCGCUCUCGCCGGAAGAAGCGGCAAAGGAGUCGGAGAUUUACACCGGAGUUGUGCGGUUGGAUGAGGUACACGAUAGUUACGAGAAGAAGUUGAAGGAUAUAGAGGAGGAGCUUUCUAGGGUUUAUGCUACGGAGGUGGAAUCGUUGUUGAGAAGCGGCGAAGAAGUGAAUGAGGAGGUUGUUGCUGUGCUCAAGGUGGCGGAAUCCGGCGAAAUCGUUGAGAGGAUCGAUCUCUCUGGCCAAGAACUUAAGCUUCUCCCUGAAGCGUUUUGGAAAGUAGUUGGCUUAGUUUACUUGAAUCUCUCUGGCAAUGACUUGACGGUUAUACCUGAAGCAAUCUCGAAACUCAAGAAGCUAGAAGAGCUCGAUGUAUCUUCGAAUUCUCUUGAAUCUCUUCCUGACUCUAUAGGGAUGUUGCUUAACCUUAGGAUCCUUAAUGUGAAUGGGAACAAUCUAACCGCACUCCCUGAGAGCAUCGCGCAUUGCAGGUCACUGGUUGAGUUAGAUGCAAGCUACAACAACUUGACUACAUUGCCUACAAAUAUUGGAUACGGAUUACAGAACCUGGAGAGAUUAUCGAUCCAGCUGAACAAACUCCGUUACUUUCCAGGUUCGAUAAGCGAAAUGUAUAAUCUGAAGUAUCUUGACGCACACAUGAACGAGAUCCACGGGAUACCAAAUUCUAUCGGGAGACUAACGAAACUCGAGGUUCUAAACCUAAGCAGCAAUUUCAACAACUUGAUGGGUGUUCCUGAUACAAUCACUGAUCUAACUAACUUGAGGGAGCUUGAUCUAAGCAACAACCAAAUCCAAGCAAUACCAGACUCAUUUUACAGGCUGAGGAAGCUGGAGAAACUGAACUUGGACGAGAACCCGCUUGAGAUCCCGUCUCAAAAAGUAGCUGGUCAAGGAGCUGAAGCGGUUAGAGAGUUUAUGAGGAAGAGAUGGGGUGAGAUUAUGGCAGAGCAGCAACAGAGGAUUGGCGUUGAGGCUGAGCGACAUGGAAAUGAAACCGGGUGGGUCUAUUGGGGAACCUCCAUGGUUACUAAUCUAGUUUCUGGAGUGACCCAGACCAUUGGAUUUGGAGGAGCAUCUAGUGAUGGUGGUGACAAGAAACCUGGAGACUCGUAUUUUUAUCACCAAAUCUGACUUCAGCUAAAUUUUCGUUAAUUCUAAAGUGUGUUUUUAAAGUGUUGGGGUCACUUUCUUGUAAACUUAAAAACUUAUGCAUAUUCUGAAUUUAAAAACUUUAUGCAUAUUCUGAUUGGGCUUGCACGGAUAAUAAAUAAUAAAAGUUAUUUAUUUAUUA